AUGGCGAACUUCAAGGGCCAUGCGCUCCCCGGGAGCUUCUUCUUGAUAGUUGGACUGUGGUGGUCAGUGAAACACCCACUGAAGUACUUUUAUCGAAAGGAGAAGAGCAGCCAACUGAUCCAUCACUACCAGCGUCUCGAGAUCAUUGAAGCUGCAAUCAGAACUUUAUUUUCAGUCAUCGGGAUCCUGGCAGAGCAGUUUGUUCCUGACGGGCCCCACCUCCACCUGUACCACGAGGACCACUGGGUAAAACUCAUGAACUGGCAGCACAGCACCAUGUACCUGUUCUUCGCAGUCUCGGGCGUCGUGGACAUGCUGACCUACCUUAUCAGCCACGUCCCCCUGGGGCUGGACAGACUGGUUAUGGCUCUGGCUGCCUUCAAUGAAGGCUUCCUCUUCUAUUACCACGUGCACAACCGGCCGCCGCUGGACCAGCACAUCCACUCCCUGCUGCUGUACGCUGUAUUCGGAGGCGCCCUCAGCCUCUCCGUGGAAGUAGUCCUUCGGGACAACAUCGUGCUGGAACUCUUCCGCACCAGCCUCCUCCUCCUGCAGGCCACCUGGUUCUGGCAGAUUGGGUUCGUGCUGUUCCCGCCUUUUGGAGGCCCUGAAUGGGACCAGAACAGCCACGACAACAUCAUGUUCGUCACCAUGUGCUUCUCCUGGCACUUCCUGGCCGCGCUCUGCAUCGUGGCCGCCAGCUACUCACUGGUUUACUGCUUCUUGACGCGGGUGAAGAGGCCGGAAGACAGAGAAGUCAUUGGGAUUCAGAAGCUGAGGUCGGAUCACACAUACCGGAAGGCCCUCCUGAGUGGCUCAGACGAGGAGUAG